AUGGACGUGACAAUAAAGGUCCCACCGCCUCUCAAAGCCAAAGUGAUGCUAUGGACGGAUGCAAGCUUCCAGGACAUGGAGGAGAUCGACAGCACGCAGUCUGUUCCUGAUCUCGAAAGAGUUGUAGGCAGUGUGUUUGGAGUUGACCUCGCUGAACCCAAGAGAGCAGUUAUGCUGGAGCUGUACGUGCAGACUGUGAUCUUUUGCAGAAAGUUCAUCUUCAACAAGGAGCAAACUUCUGCUCUGUUGUCCAUCAUCAAGUCCAUCCAUGAGGCUAACAUCGAAACGCCACACAACAACAUGGAGCAGUGUUUCGAUUACUGCAAGGAGCUUCUGCUCUGUCACUCUGUCAGGCGACCCCCCUUUAGUAUCAACCUCUUCAGCCCUAAGGAGGCCGACUUUAUCCUGAACUACAUCUACAACAGCUACAUGAAACACUUCAAACUCUACAAAUAUAUCUUCACUCGACAGAUUAAACUGGAUUUGUCAAUGACUUACGCUGAUAUCCCUGAUGUGGAUUCUUCUGCUGGAGGUCACACAUCGGACCUGAAGGCAAAUGUAGAGACAGAAGUCAGAGAUCAGAUGCUGCUUGUGUCAGGACAACUUGACCAGAGAAUGAAUGAACUUGCAGAUCAGAACAAAACGUUAGAUUCUUCGCAGCCCAACCACAAGGCCAAAAAAUGA